UGUCGGCAGCCACUGUCAUAAUCUGUGAGGGACAUGUCACCAGAACUCUCUCUUGUUCAUCUGCGUAAACCUCCUGGAUUUGACAACGUGAGAAGCAAGGUACUCGAAGAGUGUGCUAGUCAGCUAGGUGGUGUCUUUACCAGACUUUUCCAGCUUUCCCUGGACUCUCACAUUGUCCCCCGUUUAUGGUGCAAGUCAGCAAUAAUGCCAUUGCCAAAGAAGCCUAAUUCUACGAACAUGAAAGAUUUUCACCAUGUGGCUGUCAUGUCUGUUGUGGCCAAGUGUUUGGAGAAGGUUGUGGGUACUUUGAUAAUCUCCACUGUGGCUGAUCGGGUGGAUCCUCUGCAGUUUGCCUACAAGCCACCUAGUGGGGUGUCUGAUGCUAAUUUCAUUCUUUUAGAUGCUAUCCUACAACACUUGGAUGCCUCAGGCACCUAUGUUUGGGUCCUGUUUAUGGAUUUUUCAAGUACCUUAAACACAGUCCAGCCACACCUUCUUGUAAAGCGCCUACUAGACAUGGAUGUAUGGUCACCUCCAUGUCAAAGACCAAACACACUCUCUCCAUCCCAACUUUCAGCUGUUGUCCUUAGGCAGGGAAUACCGAGUGUCAUGUGCGCAGAAAAUCGCCUGCCAGGGGUCCUUCUUGCUAGCAGCAAUCACCAUCCUAGAUAAAAGGCACAAGCAGUCAUAGGCCUAUGACCUUUUUAGGACAAAUUACAUCAUCUAGUUCAGGAAAUUUUCUUCGCAGUGAAGCCAGCAGAUAUUAGUUAUUACACUACCUUUAGUUAAAACCUGAGGUAGGGUGAAAAUGUAUGCUACAUCAUAAGUAUAAUAGGAAACCAAAGUAAAACGUAAUUUGCCAGCUGUUGCUAGUACACUUGUGCAUUUUACUUUCUUGUUUUUAUGGAUUUCUAAUUUUUUUAUGUU